AUGUGCCCCAAAAACCGGUAUCUCUUGGCGGUUGCACUGCUGCUUCUUUGCUCGGGUGUAGUCCUCGGAUUGAGCCCCGUAACGGCCCCAGCCCUGUCAACGUUCGUAGGAGCCAAACCACCCGCCGGCACCCUCUGCUACCUGACCACGGUCCGGAAGGGGACGUCUUCACCGGUUACGAUAACUAAUCCAACCCCCCCAACUGUGGUUGCGUACGUACAAACAGCAGCGGACCGAUUCAGCAAGGUUAGCUACCGAAUGUUGCUGGUCAACGGAGUUCUUCCGGCGGCUCCAGCGUCCAUCCCAAUCAUUUUGACCACCCUCGGCGGAAAGUCCGUGUUUCCGUACAAUAUUGUGGUCGAGUAUUGGUGUGCAUAGGGUGGGUCCAAUAAAGGUGACGAUAAAAGUAAGGUU